GCCGCCGUGUGUUUACGUGGAGACGAAGAUGGCGGCGGCGGUGACGGCGCUGCCCGGGCGCCCGGGGGCCGUCAGCCUGUGAGCGCGGAGCCGUCCCACCCCGCGGGGGGAGCGCCGCCGGCCUCGCUGCCCGGGCCGGAGCCUGAGGGCCCCGCUCCGUCUGACCCGACCUCCCCGCCUCCCCCGACCGCUCUCUGUCUCCCCCGCAGCCUUCCCCGCCGAGGCCAUGGAGGACGAGGAGAGGCAGAAGAAGCUGGAGUUCGGCAAAGCCAAGCUUGCGCAGUUUCGACAAAGGAAAGCUCAAUGUGAUGGGCAGAAUCCUUCUAAGAAGAAAAAAAAGAAAAAUGCUUCAAGCAGUAAACUUGAUGUAUCAGCAUACCAUGCUUUGAAUAUUGAGCAAUCACAGAGUGAUGAGAUGUAUAUGAAUAGUUCUCAGGGAGUAGGAUCCGUCGUGACUCCUGAAUCCACAGUAAUGAGAACACUACACAGUGGAGAAAUAAUCAAACAUGACCAGGUCUUCUCUGUUGAACCAGAAAGUGAAAUUUCAACCACAGCUGAAGAUUAUAGUUCUGAGGUAAAUGGUUGCAGUUUUGUGGUGAGAACAGGAAAGCCUACAAAUUUAUUAAGGGAAGAAGAAUUUGGUGUUGAUGAUUCUUAUUCUGAACAUGGAGCACAGUACAAUCCGACCCACCUAGAGAUGAUGGAAAAUGAAUUGGUUGGGAAACAGCAUGAGAUUGAGGAGCUAAACAGAGAACUGGAAGAAAUGAGGGCCACCUAUGGGACUGAAGGACUACAGCAAUUACAAGAAUUUGAAGCUGCCAUUAAACAAAGAGAUGGCAUCAUAACUCAGCUUACUGCUAAUUUACAACAAGCAAGAAGAGAAAAGGAUGAGACAAUGAGAGAAUUUUUAGAAUUGACAGAACAAAGCCAAAAUUUACAGAUUCAAUUUCAGCAUUUACAGGCUAGUGAAACUCUGAGAAACAGCACUCACAGUAGCACUGCUGCAGAUUUACUACAAGCCAAACAACAAAUUCUCACUCAUCAGCAACAGCUGGAAGCACAAGACCAUCUAUUAGAAGAUUAUCAAAAAAAGAAAGAAGACUUCAAAAAGCAAAUCAGUUUUUUGCAAGAGAAAAUUAAAGCAUAUGAAAUGGAACAAGAUAAAAGAGUAGAAAGUUCAAAUAAAGAAGUUCAAGAAAAGGAAGCAAUCAUUGAAGAAUUAAAUACAAAAAUAAUUAAAGAAGAAAGAAAAACUUCUGAGCUAAAGGAUAAAGUCGCAGCUGCUGACAGAUUACUGGAAGAAUUACAAGAACAGGUUGUACAAAAGAACCAAGAGUUAAAAAAUAUGAAUUUAGAGCUGACUAAUUCCAAGCAAAAGGAAAGACAGUGUUCUGAGGAAAUAAAACAAUUAAUGGGGACAGUUGAAGAACUUCAGAAGAAAAACCAUAAAGAGAGCCAAUUUGAAACUGAUAUCAUGCAAAGAAUGGAACAAGAAACACAAAGAAAGUUAGAACAACUCCGGGCAGAGCUGGAUGAGAUGUAUGGACAGCAGAUAGUACAGAUGAAACAAGAGUUAAUAAAACAACACAUAUCACAGAUAGAUGAACUUAAAGCACAACAUAAGGGAGAGAUGGAUAAUGCUUUUAGAUCAUGUCCAAAUAUUACAGUUAAUGAAGAUCAAGUAAAGUUAAUGAAUAUGGCAAUAAAUGAACUGAAUAUAAAAUUGCAAGAUACUAACUCUCAAAAAGAAAAACUCAAGGAAGAACUAGGAAUAAUUUUAGGAGAAAAGUCUACUCUACAAAGACAGCUUGAAGACCUUUUUGAAGAAUUGAGUUUUUCAAGAGACCAAAUUCAGAGAGCUAGACAGACAAUAGCUGAACAGGAAAGUAAACUAAAUGAAGCACAUAAGUCCCUUAGUACAGUGGAGGAUUUGAAAGCUGAGAUUGUAUCUGCCUCCGAAUCCAGGAAGGAAUUAGAAUUAAAACAUGAAGCAGAAGUUACAAAUUAUAAGAUAAAACUUGAAAUGUUGGAAAGAGAAAAGAAUGCUGUGUUAGAUAGAAUGGCGGAAUCACAAGAAGCUGAAUUAGAGAGACUGAGAACACAGCUUCUGUUUAGUCAUGAAGAAGAACUUUCCAAACUAAAGGAAGAUUUAGAAAUUGAGCAUCGAAUAAAUAUUGAAAAACUUAAAGAUAAUUUAGGCAUUCACUAUAAACAGCAGAUAGAUGGCUUACAGAAUGAAAUGAGUCAAAAGAUAGAAAACAUACAGUUUGAAAGAGACAAUUUGAUAACUAAGCAGAAUCAAUUAAUUUUGGAAAUUUCAAAGCUAAAAGAUUUACAGCAGUCCCUUGUGAAUUCAAAAUCAGAAGAAAUGGCUCUUCAAAUCAGUGAACUUCAAAAAGAAAUUGAAAUACUCAGACAAGAAGAAAAGGAAAAGGGUACACUUGAACAAGAAGUUCAAGAAUUGCAACUUAAAACUGAAUUAUUGGAGAAACAAAUGAAGGAAAAGGAGGAUGACCUUCAAGAAAAAUUUGUGCAACUUGAAGCAGAGAAUAGUAUUCUUAAAGAUGAAAAAAAAGCUCUUGAAGACAUGUUGAAAAUACAUACUCCUGUUAACCAAGAAGAAAGAUUAGUUUGCAUGGAGUCCAUUAAGUCCAAAUCCAAAGAUGGUAGCUGGCAAACAGAAAUAGAAAUGCUCACUGAGGAAAAUGAAGACCUCAAAAAACAAUGUACUCAGCUAAAUGAAGAGAUUGAGAAGCAAAGAAACACUUUUUCAUUUGCUGAAAAAAAUUUUGAAGUUAACUAUCAAGAGUUACAAGAGGAUUAUGCUUGCCUUCUCAAGGCAAAAAAUGAUUUAGAAGAUAGUAAAAAUAAACAAGAGGUAGAGUAUAGAAGUAAGCUUGAAGCACUUAGUGAAGAACUUCAUCAUUUGCAAAGAAUAAGUCCAGCUACAGCAAAAAUAAAAAGUUCAAUGUUUGAUGACAACAAAACUUUUAUAGCAGAAUCAUUGGAAAUUGGUGAGGUGGUUGAAAAGGAUACAACAGAACUUAUGGAAAAACUUGAGGUAACCAAGCGAGAAAAAUUAGAACUGUCAGAAAGACUGACUGACCUCUCUGAACAAUUAAAACAGAAACAUGGCGAAAUUUGUUUUCUAAGUGAAGAAGUUAAAUCUUUAAAACAAGAGAAAGAGCAAGUUUUAUUGAGAUGUAAAGAGCUAGAAGUCAUAAUUAACCAUAAUAGGACAGAAGAUGUAAGUGGAUGUGAUGUUCAGUUACAUUCUUUAAACGAUGGAAUUGUGACUAUGACAAGCAGGGAAUCUGGAGGAUCAGUUUCUAAAAUAAGUAAAGAUUUUGGUGCAUCAAAAAUAGUGGAGGAUGAGAAAAUAACUUUUGAAAAUAUGACUAUUGGGAAAGAAAGCAAACAAGAACAGUUGUGUUGGGAUCACUUGCCAUCUGUGACAAAUGAAGUAUCACCUGGGAUAACUGAACCAAGUGACAAUGAUAAACUUCAGCAGGAACUUGGUGUACUUAAAUCAGAACAGAAUGAAUUAAGGCUACAAAUGGAAGCUCAACGUAUAUGCCUCUCUCUGGUUUAUUCGACUCAUGUGGAUCAGGUUCGUGCAUACAUGGAAAAUGAAAAAGAUAAAGCUCUUAGCAAUCUUAAAGAGGAACUUAUUUUUGCUCAAGAAGAAAAAAUCAAGGAACUUCAGAAAAUUCACCAGUUAGAGAUACAGAAUAUAAAAACACAGGAAACAGAUGCCAGUCAUAAAAGCAAGUUAUCGACCCUGCAACAUAUUGAAAAAAUUAAACAACUUGAAAGACAAGUCCAAGAAUUAGAAAAACUCACAUCCUCUUUGCAGCAACAGUUGAAAGAAACUGAAGAAAACCAUGAGGCAGAGAUCCAUUGUUUGCAGAAAAGGCUUCAAGCUGUUAGUGAGUCCGCAGUUCAGCCAAGCUUCUCCAUUGAUUCAGUCGUAAUUACUGAAUCUGAUGUACGGAAAACCAUGCAAACUGGAAAUUGUCUAAAUCAGAACAUGGAUGAUACAACAGAGUUUUCAGGUGGUGGAUUUGGAGUGGAACAAGAAACAAAUAUGGUUAAGUUGUUGGAAAAACAGUACCAAGAACGAUUGGAAGAAGAAGUAGCUAAGGUCAUUGUGUCAAUGAGUGUAGCAUUUGCUCAACAAACUGAACUAUCUAGAAUAUCUGGAGAAAAAGAAAAUACUUCAUCAUCGAAAGAAGCACAUGCUCUUUGUCAACAAGAGCAACAUUAUUUAAAUGAAAUGAAAUUACUUCAGGGUCAGCUUGGUUUUCAGACUUUUGAGACAAUGGACAUGAAAUGUAAAGAAGAAUUUAAACCACUUAGUAAGGAGUUAGGAGAAGAUGCGAAGGAAGUUCUGUUAUCAAACAGUGAUCAUCUUGAUGACAUACUUGAAUCAAAGCACCAUGAACUGACUAUUUCAGAAGAACUAUUCUCCAAAGAUAAAACAUUUAUAGCCAGAGAAUCUAACCAUGAUGAGAUUUUGGUAUCAAGCAUGGAUGCUUCUAGACAGCUAAUGUUAAAUGAAGAACAGUUGGAAGAUAUGAGGCAGGAACUUGUACGACAAUAUCAAGAACAUCAACAGGCAACAGAACUACUAAGACAGGCGCACAUGCGCCAGAUGGAGAGACAGCGAGAAGACCAGGAGCAGCUACAAGAAGAGAUUAGGAGACUGAAUAGACAGUUAGCCCAGAGAUCCUCAAUAGAUAAUGAAAACCUGGUUUCAGAGAGAGAGAGGGUGCUUUUAGAGGAGCUGGAAGCACUAAAGCAGCUGUCUCUAGCUGGAAGAGAGAAGCUGUGUUGUGAGCUGCGCAACAGCAGUACGCAAACACAGGAGGAAAAUGAAAAGCAAGGGGAAGUUGAGGAACAGACCUUUAAAGAAAAGGAAUUGGACAGAAAACUUGAAGAUGUGCCUCCUGCUGUUCUGUCCAAUGAAAGCUUGCAUGGAGGAAUUUGGCCCCUAAGAUUUUGGCUUCCCCAUUGGAUCAUCAGUAUGGAACACAGUCAGUAUGGAACUCAAACAAGAAAGACAGUGUAUGCACUCCAGAAAGCUAAUAACAGACUUCUGAAGAUCCUCCUAGAAGUUGUAAAGACAACAGCAGCUGUGGAAGAAACAAUUGGCCGCCAUGUCCUUGGAAUUCUGGAUAGAUCUAGUAAAGGCCAGUCACCUGCCAACCUGAUUUGGAGGUCAGAAGCAGAGGCACCUAUAAAGUCAUGUGUUCAUGAGGAACAUACAGGAGUUACAGAUGAGUCUAUACCAUCUUAUUCUGGAGGUGAUAUGCCAAGAAACGACGGUAGCAUGUGGCCAAAAGUAACUGAAGAAGGAACGGAGCUGUCCCAGCGGCUCAUGAGGAGUGGUUUUGCUGGAGCUGAAAUAGAUCCUGAAAAUGAAGAGCUUAUGCUGAAUAUUAGCUCUCGACUACAAGCAGCAGUUGAAAAACUCCUAGAAACCAUAAGUGAAACCAGUAGUCAGCUCGAACAUGCAAGAGUUACACAGACAGAGUUGAUGCGUGAGUCAUUUAGACAGAAACGAGAAGCAACAGAGUCCCUUAAGUGCCAAGAAGAACUGCGAGAGCGCCUCCAUGAGGAGUCCAGGGCCAGAGAGCAGCUGGCUGUGGAGCUCAGUAAGGCUGAAGGUGUCAUUGAUGGUUAUGCAGAGGAAAAAACCCUUUAUGAAAGGCAAAUUCAGGAAAAAGCGGAUAUCAUAGAUGGCCUGGAGCAGGAGUUGUUAUGUGCAAGUAGCAGGUUACAAGAAUUGGAAGCAGAGCAACUGCAGAUCCAAGAAGAAAGAGAAUUGCUGUGCAGACAGAAGGAGGCAAUGAAAGCAGAAGCAGGCCCAGUCGAACAGCGACUAGUAGAUGCUGCAGUCGAUGCAGCACCUGGAUCAGAAUUAUUACAGGAGACAGAAAAACUAAUGAAGGAAAAAUUAGAAGUACAAUGUCAAGCUGAAAAAGUAUGUGAUGACCUUCAAAAACAAGUGAAAGCUCUGGAAAUGGAUGUUGAGGAACAAGUCAGUAGGUUUGUAGAGCUGGAACAAGAAAAAAAUGCUGAACUAAUGGAUUUAAGACAACAGAACCAAGCACUGGAAAAGCAGUUGGAAAAAACAAGAAAAUUUUUAGAUGAGCAAGCCAUUGAUAGAGAACAUGAGAGAGAUGUAUUCCAACAAGAAAUACAGAAAUUAGAACAGCAACUUAAGGUUGUGCCUCGAUUCCAGCCUAUCAGUGAACAUCAAACCAGAGAGGUUGAACAGUUAACAAAUCAUCUGAAAGAAAAAACAGACAAGUGCAGUGAGCUUUUGCUCUCUAAAGAGCAGCUUCAGAGGGACAUUCAAGAACGGAAUGAAGAAAUUGAGAAACUGGAGUUUAGAGUAAGAGAACUGGAGCAAGCCUUACUCGUUAGUACAGACCCUUUCCAAAAGGUAGAGGACCGAAAACAAUUUGGAGCUGUAGAAGCUAAAGCAGAAUUGUCCCUAGAAGUACAGUUGCAAGCUGAGAGAGACGCCAUAGACAGAAAGGAAAAAGAGAUCACAAACUUAGAAGAACAGUUAGAACAGUUUAGAGAAGAACUGGAAAAUAAGAAUGAAGAAGUUCAGCAACUACAUAUGCAAUUAGAAAUACAGAAAAAGGAAGCUACUACCCGCCUACAAGAACUUGAACAAGAAAACAAAUUAUUUAAGGAUGAAAUGGAGAAGCUGGGAUUUGCUGUAAAGGAAUCUGAUGCUACCUCUACUCAGGACCAACAUGUGAUAUUUGGGAAAUUUGCUCAAAUAAUGCAGGAAAAAGAGGUAGAAAUUGACCGAUUGAAUGAGCAAAUUACAAAACUUCAGCAUCAACUUAAAAUUACAACGGAUAACAAGAUUAUUAUAGAAAAAAAUGAAUUGAUAAGGGAUCUUGAAACCCAAAUAGAAUGUUUGGUAAGUGAUCAAGAACGUGUGAAGAAAACCAGAGAUGAAGAAAUCGAGCAGCUUAAUGAAGUGAUUGAAAAACUUCAACAGGAAUUGGCAAAUAUUGAAGAGAAGACAUCGGUGCGUGUUAAUUCUCUUCCAGAAGAAGCAGAUAGUCUACAACAUCAGUUGGAGAUGGUGAUAGCUGAGAAACUGGCUUUGGAGCAGCAAGUAGAAACCACUAAUGAAGAAAUGGCCUUUAUGAAAAAUGAACUUAAAGAAACCAAUUUCAAAAUGAACCAGCUAACACAAGAAUUAUUCAGCUUAAAGAGAGAACGGGGAAACCUGGAAAAAAUCCAAAGUACUCCAGAGAAAAGUGUUAACAUGGCUAUGGAAGAUCUGAGGAUAAAGGAACCUGAAGUAGAAGUCCUUACUGAGGAUGCUCUUCAACAGCCAGAAAGUCAGACUUACCUCAGAUCUUUUGAAGAAAACAGCAGAAUUUCCAUAAACAGUUUGGAAACAAAGGUGCUACAACUUGAGAGCACUGUGAGUGCAAAGAACUUAGAACUUAGCCAGUGUUACAACCAAAUAAAGGAUAUGCAAGAGCAAGGCCAGGCUGAAACAGAAAUGCUCCGAAAGAAGAUGGUAGGCCUGCAGACUGCGCUUGAGGAAAAAGUUGCUGCUGCUGUCGUGAGUCAGGCCCAACUUGACGCAGUAAAGGAGUAUGCAGAACUCUGUCCGAGGAGACAAGAAAGUUCAUCAGGGCCCGAAAGAACAAAUACACAGACUUUAAAUCAGCGAGCAGAAAACGAGAUGGAGUCAAAUGUAUCAGCAUUAACCCUAAGAAUAUCAGAAUUAGAAAGCCAGGUGGUUGAAAUGCAGACUAGUUUGGUUUUAGGAAAAGAGCAGGUAGAAAUCGCAGAGAAAAAUGCGAUGGAAAAAGAAAAGAAGCUACUAGAACUACAGAAGCUGUUGGAGGACAGUGAGAAAAAUCAGGAAGGCAAAGAAAGGAAAAGAAGCUCUCAGGGAGAUUUUGAAGUUCCCAAGACAACUGAGCUAAUUCAUACGAAUAAAGAAAGUGGAUUAUUUAGUCAACUGGAGGCUCUUAGAGCUGAGUCAGCAGCUACUAAAGAAGAACUGGCCAAUUAUAAAGAAAAGGCAGAAAAACUUCAACAAGAGCUUUUGGUAAAAGAAACGAAUAUGGCAUUUCUCCAGAAAGAUUUAAGCCAAGUCAGGGAUCAACUCACAGAGACAAAAGAGAAAUUAUCCUACUUCUUAGAAAAAGAAGAUGAGACUGAGGAACAAGAAAACAGAAAUAUCUGCAUAUUAGAGCCACUGCUUAUUAAAGAGGGUACAAGCACCGCAUCCCAGACAGACAGGACUCUCAGGGUAAACAGCAGCAACCAGACUCCACAAGUCCGUGUUAGAAAUGCAGGAAUCCAAAUUGAUUUACAAAGAGAAUGUUCAUCAGAAGAAGUUACUGAAAUAAUCACUCAGUUUACUGAAAAAAUUGAGCAAAUGCAAGAGCUACAUGCUGCUGAAAUUUUGGAUAUGGAAUCCAGACAUAUUUCAGAAACUGAAACUUUAAAGAGGGAACACUAUGUUGCUAUUCAGUUACUGACAGAGGAAUGUGGUACCUUGAAGGCAGUGAUACAGUGUCUGAAAGCUAAAGAGGGAUCCUCAGUUCCUGAAUUAACACAUCCUGAUGGUUACCAGACUAGAGAAAUAUGUUCUAGUGAUUCUGGAUCAGACUGGGGCCAAGGAAUUUAUCUUGCACAAAGUCAGGGAUUUGACUUGACAUCAGAAGGCCAAAGAGAAGAAAGCGAAAGUUCAACAGAUUCAUUUCCAAAGAAAAUAAAGGGAUUACUGAGAGCUGUUCACAAUGAGGGCAUGCAGGUGCUUUCUCUCACCGAAUCUCCCUACAGUGAUGGAGAGGACCAUUCUGUUCAGCAAGUUUCGGAAUUCUGGCUAGAAGAGAGGAGAGCGUACAUCAGUACAAUCUCAUCUCUUAAGGACUUAAUUACCAAAAUGCAAGUGCAAAGAGAAGCCGAGUCUCAUGAAAACUUCUCAGACUGGCGAGGUGAACUUCUGCUUGCCCUGCAGCAAGCUUUCUUAAAGGAACGAAGUGUUUUACUUGCCGCAUUUCAGACCGAACUGGCAGCUCUCGGCACUAGAGAUGCAGCUGGAUUAUUGAACUGUUUGGAACAGAGAAUACAGGAACAGGGUGUUGAAUAUCAAGCAGCUGUGGAAUGCCUCCAGAAAGCAGAUAGGAGAAGUUUGUUAUCUGAAAUUCAGGCACUGCAUGCUCAGUUGAAUGGUAUAAAAAUGACUCUGAAAAGAGAAAAAGAGAAUGAUCAACCAAGCCAAGAACUCCUGGAACAUAACAUCCAGCAGAAGCAGUCUCAGAUGCUGGAGAUGCAGGUGGAGCUCAGCAGUGCGAAAGACAGGGCUGCCGAGCUGCAGGAGCAGCUGAGCUCUGAGAAAAUGGUGGUUGCUGAGCUGAAGAGCGAACUUGCACAGACUACGCUGGAACUGGAAACAACCCUUAAGGCACAGCAUAAGCACCUGAAGGAACUGGAGGCAUUCCGGUUGGAAGUUAAAGAUAAAACAGAUGAAGUACAUUUGCUUAAUGACACAUUAGCAAGUGAACAGAAAAAAUCCAGAGAGCUCCAGUGGGCUUUGGAAAAAGAGAAAGCCAAACUGGGGCGCAAUGAGGAGCGGGAUAAAGAAGAACUUGAGGAUCUGAAAUUUUCACUUGAGGGUCAAAAACAAAGAAAUAUUCAGCUGAGUCAACUUUUGGAACAACAAAAACAACUACUAAAUGAAUCACAGCAGGAAAUAGAAUCACAAAGAGUGCUCCACAAUGCCCAGCUGUCAGAAGAACGGGGCCGAAACUUAGAGCUUCAAGUACUUCUGGAAUCGGAGAAAGUUCGGAUUCGGGAAAUGAGCAGUACCCUGGACAGGGAGCGGGAAGUGCUCGCACAGCUGCAGCAGCACAGUGAUGACAGUGGGCAGCCUCGGCCCCUGGUGCCCUCCGAGGACCUCCUUAAAGAGCUGCAGAAACAGUUGGAAGAAAAACACAGUCGCAUCGUAGAACUGUUAAAUGAGACUGAGAAAUACAGACUGGAUUCUCUGCAGACAAGACAGCAAAUGGAAAAGGAUAGGCAGGUUCACAGGAAGACGUUGCAGACAGAGCAGGAGGCCAACACUGAGGGACAGAGGAAAAUGCAUGAGCUCCAGUCCAAAGUGGAAGAUCUUCAGCACCAGCUGGAAGAGAAAAGGCAACAAGUUUAUAAGUUAGAUCUUGAAGGAAAGCGACUGCAAGGAAUCAUGCAGGAAUUCCAGAAACAAGAACUCGCACGAGAAGAAAAGCGAGAAAGAAGAAUUCUGUAUCAGAAUCUUAAUGAGCCAUCCACAUGGAGUUUAACCAAUGAUCGAACUAGAAAUUGGGUUCUUCAACAGAAAAUAGAAGGAGAGACAAAGGAAUCAAACUAUCCUAAACUGAUUGCAAUGAAUGGAGGAGAUACUGGCUAUAAUCAUGAAUUAGAAAUGAUCAAACAAAAGCUUCAACAUACAGCUUCAAAACUACAGCAUCUAGCCCAGAAAGCCUCCAAUCGACUGCAGUUUGACACAGCAGAUGAUGAAGAUUUCAUUUGGAUUCAGGAAAAUAUUGAUGAAAUUAUUUUACAACUACGAAAAUUAACUGGCCAUCCAGGCAAAGAGCCUGCCUUAGUGUCCCCAAAUACAUCUUGUGGCUCAUUGACUGAAAGACUACUGAGACAAAAUGCUGACCUGACAGGACAUAUCAGCCAGCUGACCGAAGAGAAGAAUGAUUUAAGGAACCUGGUUAUGAAGCUGGAAGAGCAGAUCCGAUGGUAUCAGCAGACAGGAGCUGGCAGAGAUUAUUCUUCUAGGUUUUCAUUCAGUGGUGGUGCCAACAUUGAAGCCAUCAUUGCUUCUGAAAAAGAAGUCUGGAACAGAGAAAAGUUGGCUCUUCAAAAAUCCUUGAAGAGGGCCGAAGCCGAAGUAUACAAACUGAAAGCUGAACUGAGAAAUGAAGCUUUACUCCACAGUCUGAGCCCUGACCCUGAACAUGCCACUCUAAAGAGAAUUUAUGGUAAAUACCUGAGAGCAGAAAGUUUUCGGAAAGCUCUCAUUUAUCAGAAGAAAUACCUGCUGCUGUUACUGGGUGGCUUCCAGGAGUGUGAAGAGGCCACGCUGGCUCUGCUUGCCCGGAUGGGCGGGCAGCCGGCCUGCACGGACCUGGAGGUGAUCACCAACCGUCCGAAGGGCUUCACCAGGUUUCGGUCAGCUGUCAGAGUGUCCAUGGCAAUUUCGAGAAUGAAAUUUUUGGUUCGACGGUGGCAUCGAGUCACAAGUUCUGGUUCCAUCAAUAUUAACAGGGAUGGACUGAAUCCAGGUGCUGAAAAGACUGACCUGUUUUAUCAUUCUCCCGGUGGACUGGAGCUGUACGGAGAGCCGAGACACACUACAUACCGCUCAAGAGCAGAUCUGGACUAUCCUAGAUCUCCUCUUCCAUUUCAAAAUAGGUACCCAGGCCCUCCAGCCGAUUUAAAUCCUGCUUCCUUAGCAUGUUCUCAGCUUCAGAAUUAUGACCCUGACAGAGCCCUGACAGAUUACAUCACCCGGCUGGAGGCACUGCAAAGGCGCCUUGGAACUGUACAGUCAGGUUCCGCUCAUUUUCAUGCUGGCAUGAGAAGAUAAUCCUUUGAAACAUCAUGAUUUUAAGCAAACUCCCUUUUGUAAACCAAUGGUUCUUUUGUGCUUUUGUAUUGCGGAUAUUCAGUGGGACCAACACGAACACAGCUUAUGAUUGUACACGAAGCCCAGCCAGUACAUGAAAGCAAACUGGAAUUUGUACAUAUAAGCAUUGUGUAUGUACUCAUGCACAAUAAUCGUUCAAUUACAUGUGUAUUUGUGGAAUGCUAAUUUAAAUGGUUAAAUUAUAAACCUGGUGUAUUUAUCAAAUGGGUGAAAAGAUUAAACUUUUGCAUAUUAUGACACUGCUGAAUGUGUAGCUUGAGGUGUCCUGCACUUUUCUUACAAGGCUACUGAAGUUACCUGUUUCUGCCUAAUAUAUUUGCUACUGGUGAUGAUGACAGAUAUCACUUGUAGAGACCUAUUUUUGUAUAAUGGUAGAAGUUUUGAAUUUUAUGGGGUAUUUUGUCAAGUACUGAAAUAAAAAUGACUUCACCAUUUUAACCACA